AUGCACACCGUCUUUCGAAUUGGUGAAGUUCGAAAAAUUGAUAAGAAAAGUCCACUUUACGAAGUGGAUCUUAAACUUACGUCGGAUGAUGACCAACAGCUUCGUCAAUUAACCGACCGUAUGCGAAAAGAAUCUUCGGGUAGCACUGGAUGGUAUCGAGUGGGUAAAUUGCUGCUCAAAAUUGGUCAAUUCAACAAAGCCGAAGAAUUGUAUAUGGCACUACUAGAACAGGCUUCUAACGACAGCGAUAAAGCACAUAUCUAUUACCAGCUUGGAUGGGUGAAACAAGAUCAAGGACAAUACAAAGAAGCAGCUUCAUUUUAUGAAAUGUCUCUCAAAAUUAAACGAAAAACUCUACCAGAAGAUCAUCCUUCAUUAGCCAAUAUCUACAACAAUAUUGGUCUCGCAUAUAACUACAUGGGUGACUACUCUAAAGCAGUGGAAUUCUACAAAAAAACAAUUAAAAUAAAAGAAAAAGCUUUGUCUCCCGAUGACCCGGAUUUGGCUCUGUCCUACAACAACAUCGGUCAAGUGUACAACAACAUGGGUGACUAUUUGAAAGCGCUUGAAUUUUACAAAAAAUCACAUAAAAUAAAAGAAAAAGCUCUGCCUCCGAAUCAUCCCUCAUUGGCUAUUUCCUACAGCAACAUCGGUGAAGUGUAUUUCGACAUGGGUGACUACUCGAAAGCACUUGAAUUUUACGAAAAAGCACAUCAAAUAAAAGAAAAAGCUCUGCCUCCGAAUCAUCCCGAUUUGGCUAUUUCCUACAACAGCAUCGGUCAAGUGUAUAACAACAUGGGUGACUACUCGAAAGCACUUGAAUUUUACGAAAAAGCACAUAAAAUAAGAGAAAAAGCUCUGCCUCCGAAUCAUCCUCAUUUGGCUACUUCCUAUACUUGCAUCGGUCACGUGUAUAACGCCAUGGGUGACUACUCGAAAGCACUUGAAUUUUACCAAAAAUCACAUAAAAUCUACGAAAUAGCUCUGCUCCCGAAUCAUCCCAAUUUGGCUAGUUCCUACAACAACAUUGGUGGAGUGUAUAACGGCAUGGGUGACUACUCGAAAGCACUUGAAUUUUACGAAAAAGCACAUAAAAUCCUCGAAAAAGCUCUGCCUCCGAAUCAUCCUCAUUUGGCUGGUAGUCACUUGAAUUUUGCAGUAUGUUACGAAAGAAUGGAUGAUUACGCAGCAGCUCUUAAGGCUCUUCAAAGUGCUUUUCAAAUUCAACAACAAGCAUUUCAAGAAGGUAAUCCAGCUUUUGCUUCAACGUAUAGUUGGCUCGGAAGAGUUUAUCGCAGUUUGAAAGGUUAUUCAAAAGCACUUGAUAAUUUUGAAAAGUGUCUUGCAAUAGCUCAAAAAACGCUACCUGAAAGACAUCCCAAUCGAGCUAUUACAUAUAGUAAUAUUGGUGAUGUUCAUCGAUUAAUGGGUAAUUAUGAAAAGGCACUUGCAUUUCAUCAAAAAGCAUUAAAUAUUCAAGAAAAUGUUCAAUGUAAUCCUCUGGAAUGUGCAACGACAUAUAUAAAUUUAGGUGAAACUUAUCGUGAAAUGAAAGAUUAUUCAACAGCAUUGACAUAUUUCGAAAAAGGAUUAGAAAUACGUGAGAAGAAAUUAUCAAAAAAUCAUCCUGAUUUAGUUGUUGUAUAUCAUAAUAUGGCAAAAUUAUAUUUGGCUACACGAAAAUAUAGUAUGGCAAUGAAAAAUAUUCAACAAGCAGUUGAAAUAGCUCAAGAAAAAUUACCUUCAACUCAUCCUCAUCUUUUGGAAUAUAAAGAAACAUUUGAAAAAAUUCGAAAGAAAAUGUAA